AUGAAUGAAUCAGCAAACAAUCUUAUAAAACUAUUUGAAACUGGAAAUGCUGUAUACUUAAAGGGAAAAUUUGUUGACAACAAUAAUUAUUAUUUGGUUAGUGCUAUAUCAAUCAAACCAUUAGAUUUUGACUUUAAUACUAUGCCAGCAAUAGAUAUUAACACAGUCAUAGUAGGAAUUAUAACUCAAACAGUUAAAAAAGUUGAAAAUGAUUUGAUUUUCGAAUUUUAUAUUGAAAAAAGAAUUGAAGAUAAAGAAGUGGAAACUAGUGCAGAAGAAAACUGUAUAUUCGCAACAUUACUCACCGAACAACAACAAUUAAAUUUAAUCAAA